AUGCUACAUCGCGGCGCGACGCCGUUCCAGCGGGUUCGCGUCCGUGGCCUCGACGUCGUCGUCAAGCGCGACGACCUCUUCUACCUCUCGGGCAACAAGUUUCGCAAGCUGUACUGGCUCGUCGAGAAGGACGCAGCGUACUUCAAUCGUACUGCGCAGCCUACAUUAAGCUACGGUGGGCUGCAAAGCAAUGCGAUGCUCGCGAUCGCCCAGCUCGCGCAUCUGAAGCGCGUGCCGUUCACGUACUUUACAAAGACCAUCGAGCUCCAGCCCGAGACGGCGCCGGUCGCGACGAACUUCAAGCUCGCUUCGAACCUUGGUAUGCGGCACGUCGAGCUCUCGUCAUCCGAGUAUGAGGCGCUGGCAGAAUCCAAAGAUUUUGGGCCAUUGGUGACAACCCCCAAGUGGAUUGGCAUACCGCAAGGUGGUGCUUCGGCCGAUGCAGAAGUUGGUGUCCAAGUCCUGGCCAGCGAAAUCAAUGCGUUUGCUUCCGAUAAACCAAGGUGCGACCCGCCUCUCAGUGUACUCUUGCCAAGUGGCACAGGCACCACGGCAUAUUACCUCGCCAAGCAUCUACGUCCUGACAUUGACGUCUACGCAGUGCCCUGUGUGGGCAGUGCAGCGUAUCUCCAGCAGCAGUGGCAGCAACUGGAACCGAACGGCCUGGUGACGAGGGCGCGUAUGUUGUCGCCAAAGAAGCGAGUCGCUUUCGGGUCGCUCUGGAAGCCUCUCCUCGCCAUGCACCAAGAGCUUUGGCUUGCGACGCAGAUCGAAUUCGACCUUGUUUACGCUUGCCUCGCGUGGCACACCCUCUUCCACGCUCUCGAGACUCGGUCGAUCGAUCUCAACGGGAGGCAGCUCGUCUACAUCCACUGCGGUGGUACCUCGGGCAACCCGAGCCAGCGCCAGCGCUACGAGCGCAAGUGGCCGCGACCGUAA